AUGUAUAGCACAAAGUUCUCCAAGAGCAAAGCGUGCCUGUUCAUACAUAUUGGCACCGGGGUCAUGGAAUUGAGUCGAUACCAUAUCUCCAAAGCCCGACUUGGCAAUGAUAAUAUCCUCCCCGAGGUGAUAGAUGUGCUGUCAUGCUUCAUCUGGUCUUGGACCAGUUUGGUUCUCGUGAAGACGCUUCGUCGUGGCGAUCCAUGUACAACUCGACCCCCAUACCAAACAGGUGCAUUGCUGCGCCCAGUCAUCUCCACCAUAUCAUACCUACUACAACUGCCCAGUCUACACAGGGUGUCUAUCUCUGCGCUAGACAGCUUCCUUUAUGCCCGACUGGGGAUCUUUUUCUUCACCCACACGCCGUACUUGCGUGGAUACUCGUCCAGCACAUUUUACUCGAUCUCUAUUCCCUUGUCUGCUGUUAUCAGUAUUCAUGAAAGCGGCGUGCGCGGCGCGUCCUUGGUGUUUAUCCUUGCGAUGGCCUGUGUUGCAAAAUUAAAUGAAUGGGUGACGCAUAGAUCAAGACUCGUGCAGGGAUCGGAAGCCCGGUCAUAUAUGGCUAUGCUCGAAAAAUGUCUCCUUGCUGGGUUGAUCCAUUUUGGAUUCGCCGAUCUAGACAGGCUGCGAGAAGUUUCCAAGUGUGACGCGCUGAUGAAGCCUCUCAAUGACGAAUAUGUACCAAAGCUGGAGCACAACAUCUGA